CCUAAAUUGGUCCUAAUCCACGAGCAACACAGGAAGAUGGCCAGAGAAAUAUCGUCCUCUACGGAAUACGUGCUCGACGACUUCGACGAGGAGUUUCCAGAAUUAUACAACGCGCUGUACCAAAAUGCCCUGAGCGGGCGGGCGCGCCAGGCCCGCAAGGCGUGCGAACUCGCGACCCUCGGCCGCCGGCUCGCAGCACAGCCCCGCUUCGGCGGCCUGAGGGACCCGGGGCGGCUCGUGCAGCGGCCAUCCCACGCGCCAGAAGUCGCCGAGCUGACGGCUGCGUUGCGGACGGCCCGGCGUUCGGCGCAGCUCCUCCGGGACGAGAUUCUCGGACAGACUCCGCAGGCCAAAGCGGCAGCCGAUGCGCGGGUGCGGAAGAUGCGCACGCCGGACCGUCCGACGCAAAGCAAACGGUCGGCCGUCGUCGGCACGCCCAGCUCGGGCGAACUCGAGGACCUGGAAGCAGACGCGUUCUUGUCCGCCGACCCGGGCGAGAAUCUCGGUCUCCCCAGCGAGACGAGGUCGCGCGGCGCCGGCGCCGACGCGAAUCUCCGGCGCGUGCGUGACCGGGUGUCGCGGCCAGUGCGGUCGCCGCCGAAGUCGUCACGCGCCGUCCUGAGCCAGAUCGUCGGUGAUGAUGCCGUCGCGUGCGAGCUCGCGCAGCUCGAUGCGUGCCAGGCGGGACUCGAAAAGGCGUCGCGCGCGGGCGUGCGAACUCAGGCCCGCGUCUCUACGACGUCCUAUCGACCCCGUACAGCCAGUAACCCACCGCCGCGCGUAUCGCCCGGGAAUGUACUACAACGACACGCGACUGCCGAGGCCUACACGGGCCGCCUCUCGUGCCGCGAUCCCUCGGUCGCCCUCUUCGCGCGACCGGCGACGGCCGGGUACUGGUCCAGCCAGGAAAAACUUUUGAGGUUUGACUGAUGUCGCGUUUUCUUGCCCGGUGUCUUUCUCGCGAAUUGGAAUUAAAUAAAUAACCCGGGCCUG